UUUUUAACCACAAACCGAAUUUUCUUUCAUUUAGGUGAUCUAUAUAUAUCUAUAUCGUAUAGCUUAUAGCUUAUAUCUAUUUUAAAUAACUUAAAGCCGCUAAAAUUUGGGGGGGAACAGCUUUCGCCCUGGAGCGGUGCGCGAUGCUGUCUCACGCCGACCUCCUGGACGCCAGGCUAGGUAUGAAAGAUGCCGCCGAGCUUCUGGGCCACCGGGAGGCGGUGAAGUGUAGGCUGGGCGUGGGGGGCUCUGACCCUGGGGGCCAUCCAGGGGACCUGGCACCCAACUCGGACCCGGUCGAAGGAGCCACUCUGCUACCGGGCGAGGACAUCACCACCGUGGGCUCUACUCCUGCUUCGCUGGCGGUGAGCGCCAAAGACCCAGACAAGCAGCCGGGGCCCCAGGGCGGCCCCAACCCCACCCAAGCCGGCCAGCAGCAGGGCCAACAGAAACAGAAGCGCCACCGGACACGUUUCACCCCAGCGCAGCUCAACGAAUUGGAGAGGAGCUUCGCCAAGACUCACUACCCCGACAUCUUCAUGCGUGAGGAGCUAGCGCUGCGCAUCGGGCUGACCGAGUCGCGGGUGCAGGUCUGGUUCCAGAAUCGCCGCGCCAAGUGGAAGAAGCGCAAGAAGACCACCAACGUGUUCCGCGCGCCCGGCACGCUGCUGCCCACGCCGGGGUUGCCCCAGUUCCCGUCGGCCGCCGCCGCCGCGGCCGCCGCCAUGGGCGACAGCCUGUGCUCUUUCCACGCCAACGACACGCGUUGGGCGGCGGCCGCCAUGCCUGGCGUGUCCCAGCUGCCGCUGCCGCCCGCGCUCGGCCGCCAGCAGGCCAUGGCGCAGUCGCUGUCCCAGUGCAGCCUGGCGGCGGGGCCGCCGCCCAACUCCAUGGGCUUGUCCAACAGCUUGGCGGGCUCCAACGGCGCGGGGCUGCAGUCGCACCUCUACCAGCCCGCCUUCCCCGGCAUGGUGCCCGCCUCCCUCCCCGGCCCCAGCAACGUCUCCGGCUCGCCCCAGCUCUGCAGCUCUCCGGACAGCAGCGACGUGUGGCGGGGCACGAGCAUCGCCUCCCUGCGCCGCAAGGCGCUCGAGCACACAGUCUCCAUGAGCUUCACCUAAUGCCGCCGCGCGCCGCCCGCUGCGCCCGGGCGCCGCCCCCAUCCCGUCCCCUCCCCCCAGAACCCCGGCCGCGCGCGCCGGGCUCCCAGCCCCUCCCCCUCCCCGGUGUCCCCGGUCCUCCCCGAGCCCCGGCGAGGUCGCCUCCCGAGUUCCCUCCCCGAGCCCUGUGCUGCCCGCCGCCUCGGCCCCUCCCGCUCGCCCAGGUCGUGCUCGCGCCCUCCUCCCGGCCUGUGCCUGGCAGCCACCCUGGCCACACUUCGGUCACCACCCUCCCCAACCCCCACGAUCCCCCGCCUCGCCCGCGCCUCCCUUUGGGCUCAGUCUCUCCCCGAGCCUCACGUCCCUGCUCCCGCGCCCGGCAGAAAGCAUCCUUCCCGCCAUUUUACUUACCAGGGAGUCGACUCAGGAUCUGAAAUCAGACACCAAUGGACUGGUUUGUGGGCAGAAACACGCACUCACACUCACAUACACACACGCACACGCACACACACGCACACACUCGCACCAUAGCUCACGCUCAGACACUACACGCGCGCGCGCAAACACACACUGCAUCUUGGUCACACAUGGACGUGUUCAAGGUACAGCACAAUGUUAGGGAUUUUUGUCUUAAAGGUGGACAAGCAUCUGCUACCAACCGCCUCAUCUGAGGGCCCAACUGAUGUCAUUUGAUUUAGCCCCGUAUUCUUUCUCCGACCUCCUUUCUUUCUUUCCCGGACCACCACCCUACCCUGUCUAUCCAGUCACGUCCAUGCAACCCUCGAUUGGCUUGCAAAAGACCGCUUUCGUCGUGAUAGCUUGGUUUUUCUUUUCUUCAGCUCAGCUGUGAGGGGGUAGAAGGGAAGGCGUCUCAGGAGGAACAUGGCAGCGGGAUUGGGUGGCUGGAGAGGACUUAGGCACUUAUGUGAGGAAGAGGUGGUCUUUCCCAUUUUGAUAGGCCUUUCUAGGAAGGACAAAACACACGCGUAAGGAAUCUUUUUUCCUUUUUGUAAAAGCAAAAAGCCACAUCUCUUUUCUAGAUCCUUCAAGACUGCUGUUCGUUUGCUUCCUUUUCUGUUUUUUCUUCUCUUCUCGCUGCUCUGUGCCCUUGGUUGUUUUGUGGUCGUCCUAUCGCGUCCUUCGUGCCCCCCUCGGCCUCCUGCCGGCCACCGGUGGGCGCAGGCGGACAUCUACAACCCUGCAACUUUGUACAGAGAAACACAAUCAGCUCUUUCUGCAUGUGCUGGUCAAAUCCAAACCCAGAGAACAGAAGCGCUUUCUAAGAAUGAACAAACAUGUGAAAUAGGAUGUUUUGUGUAGAUAAAGCAUUCUUGUUACAUACUGGUCAAUUUGUGAUAUGUUUUAACUUAUUGUCUGUGCUUAUUUAUGGACUUUGGUUUUCUUAAUAAAUGUUUGAGCUAAUAUAAAGCAUAUUAUUUGACUUUUCCGGACAAGUUUAUAUCAAGUUAAAUGUAAAUGGAUAAAAUAAAAUCAUUUUCCGUAUGUGACACA